GCGCUACCCGUCAGCUCCAAACGCACGGGGAAGUCUCUCGGUGUCCCAGUCAGUCAGACAGUCAGUCAGUCAGUCAGAGGAGCGUCAGUCAGCGUGUCCACCGCCAGCUGCUCACAUGCAAGGAGUGAAGGAGCAAACAAGGACCAGGACCGACUGUGGGAUUUAUUAUUGAGCCAUUGGAUUACGAAACACCUUUUUUUAUUUCUAUUAUUGUUGUUUUGUGUUAUUUUUGUCGAGUUCUGGGCUUGAGGAACAAACUGUCAUCAUGUCUCACGCUCCAGAUGAUGUGAGCAAGCUCACUGAAAGCACAUACAAGAUUGUGAUGGAGCAGUUCAACCCAGGCUUGAGGAACCUGGUCAACCUUGGGAAGAGCUAUGAGAAAUCGGUCACAGCGAUGACUCUCUCUGGAAAGACCUAUUUUGAUGCCGUCUCAAAGGUUGGGGAGAAUGCUAUCGCGUCUCCAGUCUCCAGAGAGCUUGGUGUGGUUCUGAUGGAGAUCGCAGAGGCCCACAGAAAGGUCCAUAUUGAAAUGGAAGAGAACCUCAAGAGGUUCCACAAAGAGGUUAUUGUGGAGCUUGAGAAGAAGACAGAGAUGGAUGUUAAAUACAUGAAUGCUACAUUCAAGCGCUAUCAGACAGAGCACAAGGUGAAGCAGGACUCCCUGGAGCGCUCGCAGACAGACUUGAAGAAACUCAGAAGGAAAAGCCAAGGAAAGCACUCAUCCAAGUAUGAGAUUAAAGAAAAUGAGUACAUGGAGACCAUCUCGUCGCGGCAGACGGACAUGCAGAAGUUCAUUGCUGAUGGCUGCAGAGAGGCUUUACUGGAAGAAAAAAGACGCUUCUGCUUUCUGGCCGACAAACACUGCAUGUUCUCUUAUCAACUCAGCAACUUCCACGAGAAGGCCAAAGAGACUCUGUCUCUGAAGCUCCCCUCCUGGCAGGAAAAGUGCAGCGACAUCACAAAGGUGCCGGACACAGUGAUGACCAUGAUAGAGGAACUGUCCACAACUCCGGAACAAUCACCGCUGGUCCAACGCUACAACAGGAACAAUGUCGAGUCAAUGGUUCCCCCUCCAGCACCACCACUUAAAGCACAAAUCAGUCCACUGGCUAACAUGUUCAACCCAGAGCCCAGAUCUCCCCUCACCUCCUCCUCAGACCACAACUCAGACCAGGGCAGUCUCGGUGAAGGCAGUCUGUCCCGCUCCACAUCUCAGUCAUCUGGCCUCAAUGUGGGCAGGAAGCACAGAGUUAGGACCAUCUUUCCACACACGGCGGGCAAUAACCCCACGCUCCUCAGCUUUGACGAAGGAGACAUCAUCACUCUGCUCAUCCAGGAAGAGAAAGACGGCUGGCUGUAUGGAGAGCUGGAGAAGACACAGCAGCGGGGCUGGUUUCCCUCAUCUUACUGCAGACCUCACACUGAGCCAGCAAUAUCAAAUAGUGAUCUGGGCACACCAGUGCGUAGCCUGAGUGAAGUCAGUCUGCCAGAGCAGGAGGAGGAGGACCCUGUGCUGCUGCCACCACCAGACUACAGCGACGACAACUCAAUUGUCUCCUCAACGCCGUCGCCACAGAAUAUGGUGUCUCUAGUCAAUGGGACUGCAAAGGCUCCCUUUCUGGGGGGAGGAAAUCCGUUUGCAACAGUCAAGCUGAGACCGACCGUCACGAAUGACAGAUCAGCUCCAGUCGUCUAAAAAGUUGGAGAAGGAUUUUCACCGCUGUCAUGCCUUCAGGGGAGUCAUAAACAUGGGACCCCUGUGACACAAUGAAUAUCACCCCAACCUGACAUCUCACCAGCCUGCAUGCGAGUCUCUCUCAGUACCAGACUGAUACACUGCAGAGAUCCAUUGUUUCUUUGCAUAAGUGUUUUACUUUAGUCACAACAAGGAAAUACUUUGUAAUCAACACAUGGAGGAACAGGAAUACUGGAAGGUUUUGUCAAACAAAGAACAUAUUAUGUUUUAAAGUAAGUGUCAAAGUACAGGUAAUUACCCCAAAAUGAAAAUUUAGACUGCCUUUAACUGCUGAAAGUGAAUUGUGUUUCAAUAAAAGCAAUGCUGUGUUCCAGCAGCGAAGGGCUUUUGACACAAAAUGGUGCCUGCAAGAAAUUCUGGAUUGGCAUGUUUGCUAAUGUAAUACUUUGAUUAAAUGUUAGAGAAGUGAAAAGUAAUAAGUAAGAUUUAUUUUUCUGUAAAUCCAUCAUGCUUAGGUAGGAAACCAGAAAGUGAAUAAUGGGUCCUACUACAGAAAAACUUCCACAGUAAGGGAUAAUGUAUGGUAACCGGGACGUUAUGCAAAUUAGGAUCUCGACAGGGUGAGCAGGAUCCCACUGGAAGCUGAGGGCUGACUCUGAAAGGAUCCUAAUUCUAACUACCUGGUCACUAUACAUUAUGUCCCUUAUUACCCAGCUAAAACAUAUACAAGCUGACACAAAAUUUAUUUUUAUUGAUUUAAAAAUGAUUAUCUACACAGCUAAUACAAUUUCUGCCACAGUGUCAACAGGCAGAGGUGAAACAUGUUGGACCUCUUUCUUUGGAUUGACUUGAUAUGACGUGUGUUCAGACAUCCUCACAAAGUUGAAAAUGGAUCACCCCCAACAUAAACCACUUUCAUCCCUAUGUAAAUAACAGUUUCUACAGUUUGGACAUGCAAACCAGAACAUAUAUUUUCAUUUUGGGGUGAACUGCUCGUUGAAGAUGGGAGGAAAAAGAUGUUCAGGCACUGUUAUAGGACCUUCUCAGGCUUGUUUUGAGCUGCAGUUGCUUUGAUGUUUGAAUGUAAACAAAAGCGACAUGAUACUGAUGGAAAAGACGAGCACACAGGCUGUCUUCCUGACUUGCCAAAAAAAAAGACGUUAUUUCUAUUUUUAUUAAUAAUUUGUCUGUUUCUUUUUUAAGAGGCAUUAUGAUAUAAAAUGUUGUGAGAAUGAAGGGAGUGUGAUGUGUUGGGGAAAAAAGGUUUGUCAUUUGAGUGAAGGCAAAACAGUAUGUCACUGUUUAAAACGAGAAGGCUAUUUAUAUACAGUAAAUUUGUUUGAGAUAUUUAAAUGAGAUGUGUAUACUGGAGUCCAUUCUGUGACGGUGCCCUUUUCAACAGGAGAGACACUGUGUUUAUGAUCCCUCUUCUGCUGCUUCUGAUUUGACUGCUGGUAUGUAUUUGAAAUGAGCAGAAUGACCUUUUGAUGAAGGGAAUAUUUUCACUCCUCAUGGUUUCACUGUUUCAUGUAGACUCUGACAGUUUAUGCAAAAUAGAAAUGAACUUCAUUGGUAGCCAUUUGCAGCGUAUGCAUAAAGUGGGUCAUUGUUUAAAAUCUACUUAAGUAUUAACUGUUUUGUGAGGAAAAUGACUUUUUCUUUGCCAUGUUUUUGCUUUACAGAAAAUAAAUGUUUGAUAAGGAAAA